AUGAUAGUCCCGACUCGAGAGAAAAAUUUCGAGUCGGGUCAAACAACCCGGCCACUAGAACUAAUAGAUACUAGCAACAUUAGAAGAAAAAGGCAAACUAAACAAUACAAAAUUCCACAUGGUUAUGUUUUAGAAACAACUUGGGGACGUGCUGCUAACAAACAAACAGUUUGUUGUGAAAUUGAUUAUAUUGACGGAGCGCCUCAGUUUCGUAUUAAAUAUGGUCCAAACUUUCAGUAUGUUAUUUCUUCAACUAAAUCUCCGUCAAAUGCAACAUUAAUUUAUGAAAGAGCUUUAAAACCAGAAACUAAGCUAUUCUUUCGGGUCCUCUUAUAUUUGGGAAUUUAUCACCAAUCUGACGAAGUUAAAUUAAAAGCAAUGGAAUUUUCUGUUAAUCAAAUAGACUUCCAAGUAAAUUUUGGAUAUGAAGAUCAAGUAAAAAAAAAUUCUCAAAUUCAAUCUGUAGUGAAAGCGGUUGAUCAAGGGCAGAUAUCAAGAGAUUCUUAUCGAGAAUUAGCUGCUGUAGAACACCAUUUACCACGUGAUAAUUCCGUUUCUAAUGAACGAAUUGCAAUUACAAACUAUAUGAAUAAUAUAAUCAAAAUUUCAUUAGUUAAUAAAAAAGAAAAAAAUGAACUAGAAGACAUUAAAGAAUCUGAAAAAUCAGAUAUUAUGAAUUUUGAAAUAGUACAAGAAGUUGUUAACACAAUCGGGUUAGGUAUCCGUCGUAGUAUAAAAGAUAUUUUGUAUUAUAUUAUUCCGCAACUACAAAAACAAGACAUAUUAAAAUCAUCAGAUCCAAUUAUUCAUUUGCGUAUUUCUGGUGAUGGACGAAAUGUAGGAAAGAAAAUUAAACAUGUUAUGGUGACAUUUAUGAUUUUAAAUCAUGAAAGUCGACAUCAUCAUGCAGAUUAUUAUUAUACUAUAAUAUUAUAUCCAGGAACUGAAAAUUAUAAUACACUUAAAUUUAUAUUAGAUCCUUUGUGUAAUGAAUUACGAUCACUUAAGAAGUUUGGAUUAAAAAUAUCUGGAAUCUUAUGGAAAUUUGAAUUAUACUUUAAUGCAGAUUGGAAAUUUUUAGCUAUUUGUCUUGGAUUAAAUAGUGCAAACUCCAAAUAUUUUUGUCCUUGGUAUUUAUGUUCAAAAGAUCAAAAUGGAGAUUUAAAUAAAGAUUGGCACAUUGAAAAAAAAUAUGAAAUAAAUUGCAACAAAUUAUAA